CAUGCACAUUAUCACAUAGAUAACAAACGUUAUCUCAUCAUCAUGAACAACAUGAAAAUGUCCACUUUCUUCUUCUUCUUCUACUACUACUUCUUGUGUGCUCAUUUUAUCUCCUCCUACAGUGCUUCUGAUCCCUGUGCUCAAUCAAACGGCUUAGAUCUCUCUGUCAUACCCAUCUACAGCAAAUGCUCUCCUUUUACCCCCACGAAGGCCGACACCUUAGUCAACACAGUCAUCAACAUGGCGUCAAAAGACCCGCAACGCCUCAAAUACUUGUCCACCCUGGCGGCCCAAAAGACCACCUCAGCCCCAAUUGCUUCGGGCCAGGAGACCCUUCACAUUGGAAACUACGUAGUGCGGGCCAAGAUAGGCACCCCGGGCCAGCUUCUAUUCAUGGUUCUGGAUACCAGUAGCGACGCAGCUUGGGCCCCAUGUUCGGGCUGCACGGGCUGCUCAUCCACCAUUUUCUCUCCAAACUCAUCCACCACUUUCAGCCCAUUGGAUUGCUCUGUUUCCCAAUGCGCUCAGGUCCGCGGACUUUCUUGCCCGGUCACCGGAACCUCCCCUUGUGUCUUUAACCAAACCUACGGCGGAGAUUCCUCCUUCUCCGCCUCCUUGUCCCACGACUCUUUGCGUUUGGCCAAUGACGUUAUCCCGAAUUUCUCUUUCGGGUGCAUCAACGCCGUCUCUGGUGGGUCCGUUCCGCCACAAGGCUUAUUGGGCCUAGGUCGGGGCCCCAUGUCAUUGCUCUCUCAGUCCGGUUCACUCUACUCCGGAGUAUUCUCCUACUGCUUGCCCAGCUUCAAGUCCUUCUACUUCUCUGGGUCACUCAAACUCGGUCCAUUGGGUCAACCCAAGAACAUCCGGACCACCCCGUUACUCAAAAACCCGCACCGACCAUCCCUUUACUACGUAAACCUCACCGGACUCAGCGUGGGACGGGUCCUGGUCCCCAUAGCCCCAGAAUUCCUAGCCUUCAACCCGCAAACCGGAUCCGGAACCGUAAUAGACUCGGGAACGGUGAUAACCCGGUUCGUGGAACCCGUUUACGCGGCGAUAAGGGAGGAGUUCAGGAAACAAGUUCAGGGACCGUUCUCGACGCUUGGGGCGUUCGACACGUGUUUCGAAGGGAAGAGAGAAAUGUUAGCACCGUUGAUAACGCUACACUUCACUGGGAUGGACCUGAAGCUGCCAUUGGAGAACAGCUUGAUACACAGUAGCGCAGGGACGGUGGCGUGCCUGGCGAUGGCAGCGGCGCCAAUGAACGUGAACUCUGUGCUAAACGUGAUCGCUAACUUGCAGCAGCAGAAUCUGAGGAUCUUGUUCGAUGUUGCCAAUUCUCGUUUGGGCAUUGCCCGUGAGCUUUGUAAUUAAGCAAGUCAGUAGCUAAAUAGUACGUCUUGUCGUGUAUGGAAUGAUCCGUACUUUUUUUUCUUUUCUAAAUUAAUAAUUCUGUCGUAAGAUAAUAAAUGAUAUUGUAUUAUGUAUUUGAUUUUAAUUGGACAAUAAAUAUUAGAUCUUUGCCGUGAUA